AUGUCAGGACCUACGAACUUUGACCCAGAGAGGGUCAACCUCACUGAGUUCCAGUCCAUCACUGAUCAAGGUCUCAUCACCUGCUUCCUGACGACUGCUGGAAACCAAUACGAUGGUCCUCUUGGUAUCAGAAUUGGCUCACUAUUUGUUAUUCUCGUCGUCUCGACCGCAGUCACUUUCUUCCCUGUCGUGGCCACUCGAAUUCCACGUCUCAAGAUUCCACUCUAUGUAUACCUCUUUGCCCGAUACUUUGGUUCCGGUGUCAUCAUCGCCACUGCGUUCGUCCACCUGCUCGAUCCUGCUUAUUCAGAGAUCGGACCAGCAUCUUGUGUUGGUAUGACUGGCGGUUGGUCUACCUACUCUUGGCCACCUGCUAUUGCUCUCUCAGCAGCGAUGUUCACUUUCCUGUUCGACUUUCUUGCCGAUUAUUAUGUUCAGUCUCGCUAUGGGCUUCAGCAUAAUGAUUCUGGAGUUGAGGAUACUAUUACUACUGGCGGAGAUGGACAUCAGCAACACUCCGAUGAUGGUUCGAACUCGAGAAGACUUGUGAUCAAUGGUCAACACGAUACAGAGGCGGCUACGUCGGAGAAGCAGCGUGGUGGUUAUGCAGACUUUAAGGAACUUCAACACCUUGAUGGAGAUUCUGAAGAGACGGAACUUGCAUUCAAGACACAAAUCGCAGCCUUCCUCAUCCUCGAAUUCGGUGUCUUGUUUCAUAGUGUAUUCAUCGGUCUGAACUUGGGUGUCGCAGAUACAUCCGACUUCGACACCUUGUUCCCCGUUCUUGUAUUCCAUCAGUCCUUCGAAGGCCUCGGUAUUGGAGCUAGACUUAGUGCCAUUCCCUUUUCCAACCGACUUCGCAGCAUGCCAUGGCUUCUCUGUCUUGCUUACGGUUUAACAACUCCUAUUGCCAUUGCAAUUGGUCUCGGUAUCCGAAAGACGUACGACAACUCAUCAUACACUGCAAACAUGGUCAAUGGUAUUUUUGACUCUAUUUCUGCUGGCAUUCUUAUUUAUACUGGAUUUGUGGAGAUGAUUGCUAGAGACUUUCUCUUUAAUCGUGAGAGGACGAAUGACAAGGUCAGGCUGGGAUUCAUGAUCGUUUGCCUCUUCCUGGGCGCUGGAAUCAUGGCUCUGGUUGGAAAGUGGGCUUAG